AAUACUUGAGUAUAGUAGGAAAGUAUUUCUGCUCAAGGACCAAUUCAACCAUUUGGAAAGGUAUGGUUUGUGUUGGUCUGACUGGGGGUGGGUGGGGGCAUCGACCAACCUUCCCCUGAAGGUUUAACAGCACACAUACAUGAAAAAACAACUCUCCCCGUUUCCAUUCCCCAGCUUCCGUCUGUUUGACGAGCAGAAGGACGUGCUCAUCCUGGUGUUCCUGGAGGACAUUCCCAUGCAGCAGCUGUCUCCGUACUACCGCAUGAGGAGGCUCCUGAAGAGACAAACCUACCUGAGCUGGUCCCGCGCAGACGCACACCCAGACCUGUUCUGGGAGAAGCUCCGGCAGGCCCUGGACACCCAGGAGCACCCAAUGGGAGAGCAUCUACGGCUCACCGUGGUGUAGGGAUCCCCCGAGGGGAGACCAGACCAGUAAAAAGCUUAAUGUGUCCAAAGGGUUUGACUGGUUUUGUGUGCAAGGCAGUGUAUCUGGUCAAAGCAGAGGAUCUGGUAAUAAAUACUCAAAGGGAAGGACAACAGAAAUAUGUCAAGGUGUGCCUUAGGAUUCCAAAAUCGAUGUUCCUCAAGACCCUUUGCAAUCUCAUUUUAUUUCAUACUUUCAAUAACUUGAUUGAUUUUCGUAUCCAUGCCCUAGGAAUUAAUAGUUUGUAUGAUAAUGAAAUUGCAACUAAUUAAAGUAAUUUUGAGAUAAUGUGUAAUGAAUGUAUCAUAUUAUUUUGCAUAUUCAAAAACAGUUUAAAAUUAGAUUCAUAUUCAGUUGUUUUCUUUCAAUAUUUAAUUAUAUUAGCAAACAUUCUUUUUUUGUUCACAGAACAAAGUAAGGGUUAACAUGGGAACUACAUUUUUUUAGUUUGAGGUGGAAAAUACAUAACCGUAGAUAACUUAAUAAAAUUUCAUAAAUUCAGAGUCUCUCAAUUUCUCAAUCUAACCCACUCCGCAUAAAACACACACACCCUAUUAAACCAGAUACCAAAAUCGACAAAAUCCGGUCAAACUUCAGAGUUUCUUGUUGCCUGCUAAUAAUUCACUGCAUAAGUUUGGCUUUUACAAUUUGAUCAUUCCACAGAAAAGACAAGUUUUGCCAUUGAGACAUUUUUGUUGAGUCUUUCCAUUGUACCGGACUUACUUAAUUUCACAUUCAUAUCUUUGUUGCUCAAUAUGUCGUAACUGGUGUAAAGUUCCACUUCAAAAAACAAGUGAGCCCUAUGAGAACAAUAACAAAAGCUAUUCAAAAAGAUACAAUCAUCAUGCAACAAUUAUGAUUCUUGGUGAAGUCAGGAAUGCCUUCCGUUGCGGGUUCUCCUCUUGUUACUGCGAAAAAACAGAAUAUGUUACUCUAGCUGAGCAGGUGUGUUACCUCAGCACAUUACAAUUAAGCCUCUGAGGAUUUGAGCCUCAGAGGUCCAAUCAAUGUAUAAAGACACACAGGAACCAGGGGUGUCUGAUGCUGAACAUCUAAAA